AAUAGCAAGCACGAAAGCAGAGCAGAGAAGAGAAAACGCAACACAGAUUGCGAUCUUGAUCUUGAUCUUGAAGGCGCAGAUAUGCAGCAAGAGAAGGGGAGCGAUCACGGCAUGGGUUUAGACUCAGUUAUUACGCAUCCCAUGUCUAUGCUCCAGCUCGGGAGCACUGAUUUCAGCCACUGUGAGUUGUGUGGCUCCUCCCUGAAGAAACGAUCAUCUUCGGAUCCGCAACAAGAACAAGAACUCUGCACCUCUGAGCCAUUAAACAAGAAGAUCAUGGUCGAUCCAACGUUAUCAUACUCGUCACCGCCAAAACCUCGCUCAAUCUCAGACAUGGUCUCAUCUCCUGUCCCCACAAGCACUGUUCUUGGUUCUUCCUUGUGUACUCUCCGCCGGUGCAACUCUGAGUCGAACCCUCCCUCCGAAAAUAAAAAAUUUCCACCACCUUCCCCACAGAAACCACAAUUUCUUGGUCGAUCACAAUCUUUCCCCACGCCAUCACCACCUGCAGCACAACCGCCGGCGGCGACUGGUUUAGACAGGCUUCAUUCUUUUUCUAGCUCAUCCGACACACCAAAGACACCCAUGGAAACGGGGAUGUUGCCAUCUUGUCCACCUUUGGUUCCGUCCACCAUUCCCUCUGCCGUUCAAGAGCCGACCAAGAAAAAUGCCGCAUGUCAAGAAACUACAACGACACCGCCCACAAAAGAUACAGUCCGAUCAUCCGAUUUCGGUCAGACGCUCUCCAAGAUCACCAAUCCUGCACUGUCGGAUCCUGUGAAGGUGGAGASUUCUGCUACGAAGAGAUCGGAGCAGAUAAAGAAACGAGUGAGACAGAUAAAUGAAUGCUGUAACGAAAUGAUGCAGGAGGUAAUGGAAGAAGAAAUCGGUGAUGGAACCAACAACAAGGAAGUUUCAGAGAUUAACGAGGAAGAAAGUGUGACAGUUAGGAGAGAGGGAGAAGGUUUCAGUGUCCAUUACAAGUGUGGCUGUGGAAAAAUGUACCGUGUUCUUAUCAUCUGAGCUCUAAGAAGACUAUUUGUCUGUUUUCUGUGUUGUAUAUAUAGAGACGUAAUUUUGAUUUGGGUUUGUACUUCUGUUAGUUUACAUAUAUUUGUGCUAUAUUUUUAGACUUUCUGCAG